AUGGAGACAUCUCCACGACGCUCGCAGUUGGCGCAGCAACUAGAUGGAACCGACAUCGCUAGCAUUCCACAUUCCAAGUCCGAAUCGGCUUUACAAUUACCACAAAUUAGUGGAUCGGACCUUAAUGUGGACAUGACACCGCGAGCACAAUCAAUCUACAGCAUUAAAGAUGAAAUGUCACGCAUUGCGUCGUGCUCGUCGCUUUCUAGUAGCAAGAAUGAAGCCACUACAGCUUCUUUGCGUCGACAAACAACAGUAUCUACUCGAGCUUUUAAUCCAUUGCGAGGAGAUUCUACCUUAAAGAUAUUCCUCCCAAACGACAAUUUAGCGCUGAAAGCUAUUUUGUCACCCAAGAAUACACCAUGGUCAUCAGCUGAUGAAGUUCACGCCACUUCAUCGUCUACUUUAUUUGACAAAAUUCUUUUUCGUAAUAGUUUACCAACAACACUGACAUCAAUCCAAUCUUCAGGAAGUGUUAACGAAGACGAGAUCGAAGGGAAUAAUAUUGUAAUUAUGAAUCCACAUCUUCCACCACCACCAUUUGCUAACAUGUAUGCUUGUGAAUCGUGUCGAGAAGAUAUUGGAUCACUUUUAUCCAAAGGUCGGCAUCAUUGUCGAAAUUGUGGUGGCUCCUUUUGUGCUAAUUGUUCAACAAAGGUCAUUAACAUUCCAUAUCAUGCAUAUCUUACACGUGGAGAAUUACGUGUAUGUGACGGUUGUUUUCAUCGCAUUCGAAAUUUUCACAAGCAAGUGAAGAGCACUAGUGUGACGUGGGGUGGUCUACAUCCUCCAUCUAUUGCCGAUUUGGUCCUCAUAUUUGAGUUGGCGGACGAUGAAGCACCAGUUUCAAUCUUUAAUUGUGCAUUGUUUGUUGAGACGACACCAUAUUAUGGCCAUCUCAUACUAACACGCAAACGAUUGUGCUUCCAGAGUUACGUGGAUGAAAAGACACUUAAAGUCGCGUACGCACAAAUUCUCUCGCUAUUAAAACCGCAGUUUUACUAUAUCAACGGUCUACAGGUCAAGACACAAGAAAAAGAAACAUUCUUUCUCGCCGAGUUUAACGGUUUACGAGAUACGUGUUUUCUACGACUUGAUCAACUCAUUCGGGCUUUUCAAGAAGCGAGUAAACGUAAGAGCACAGUGCCUGGAACAUUACCGAGUCAAACGCAACUUCGUCAAGAGGCACUUGAUCGUAGACGUUCAUAUAAAAUAUUCUCUGAGCAUCUUGUCUCGACGAUUGCAAAUGGUAAUUCGACAUUGAACCCACCGUUGUCAUCUUCGUCUCCUAUUUCAACGGUUGGAUUUAUUGAUGUCGAUGAAGAUAAAGAUGUGCCGUUAAGUAACACUUUUGAUGAAGAUGGUCAUCUUGAUGAUGGUAAAUCAACUGCAAGCGACGAAGAACCGUUUGAACCAUUGCCAUCAGAUCCGUUGUUGGAUAAAAUGACCGUGUUGCUGGAUUGCGACUUGCGUGCGGAUGUCAAACGUGUGUUUGAGUUGUUGUGGAACGAUGGCCCGGGACAAGAAUUCUUACAAUCAAAUUUAGAGAAGGCUCGUGACAUUGACAUUGACAUUGGAUCUUGGCAACCACUUGACAAGAAUAACACGAAAAAUAUUCAAAAUGGAUUUGAGAUCUCAAAAGAGAACGACUACACAUUGUUUCGCAUUGUACGAUCGCUUCACCCUCCAAAGACGUCAUUUCCAGGUCUUCCACCAUAUGCAGGAUGUACUCGAACUCAGCGCUUUCGUUUGGAUACAACCACAAAUGGUGGUGUGAAAUGGGAUCGAUUUGUCAUUACAGACCUGAAUCGAAUGAGCAAAAUCCCAUUUAGCGACUAUUUUGAAGUUGAAAUGCGCUAUGUGUUUACUCGCGAUGGAAACAAUUAUUGUCAUGUUCAAGUGGGUUUAGUCGUGAAUUUUCUUAAAGCAACGUGGUUUAAAUCUCAGAUCAAUUCUUCAACGAGGUCGGAAUCAAAAGAGGCUAUUGAGGCUUGGGCAAAGCAGGCAAUUGAAUUUCUAGAGUCUCAAAGACAUCGCGUCAUUCUGCCUCCUCCACAGCUUGAAGAUUGCUCUUCGAUAGCACAAAUUUACGAAGAAGUAAAAAAUGAAACAAAAGGUGACAAUCAAGAGAUUUCUGAAUCUGCUAUUACAGAAAGCUGUUUGACUUCGCAAAAUGUGAGCACAGAUGACAGAGCAUUGACAUCUGCAAGGUCAAAUGGUGUAGAUUUUGUUCAAUCGCCUCGAGUAUUUGUAUCACAGUUGCUUUUCAUGGGUCUAUUGUUUUAUGGUCUCGUGCUCUUACGUGGACAACAGACACAAAUGCAGCAACUAUUGGAUGCAACGACGAAAUUGCUGGAACAUAUCCAAGGACAGCAAACAAUGAUGCAAACGCAGAUUAGGAUGAUGCAGCAAACGUGUGAUAUUUCGGCUAUAGAAGCUGCGACCAAGACGUGA